GUGUGUGUGUGUGUGUGUGUGUGUGUGUGCGCGCGGGGCGUUCACUCUUUCUCCUGCCAGUAGCACCACACAGCAGCACGGAACAAAAGGCUGAACGCAGCAGAGUCACAGGAGGGAAACCCGCGGAUUGGAGCAGGCGGCGUGGCCCAGCGUGACUGCACUUCUCAGGGAGGAACUCCAGCCGCCGCUCAGCGGAGCGGAGACGGGACCCGACAUCCUGCACCUGCCCCCUCCUCCGCUCCACCUGCCCCCCCCCCCCCGGACAUGUCGGGCGACCACUGCCGCUCGCCCAUCGGCCUGGACUGCUGCAGCUGCUGCCUGGACCUGGCCAACGGCUGCGAUGAGCCGCCGCCCGCCGGCCGGGGCCUCGGCACCGCGGGGGGGCCGCCGGGGAGCCCCACCAGCCCCAGCGUCAGCCACUUCCGCCAGCUCCGCAACCAGCUGAUGUACCCGAACCUGAACACAGACAAGCUGAACAACAUCAUGCGGCAGGACUCCCUGGAGUCUGUGGUGAGGGACCCCUGCUUCCUCCUCAACGAGGGCAUCUGCAACAGCAACAUCGACCAGACCAUGCUGUCCAUCCUGCUCUACUUCCACAGCGCCUCCGGUGCUAGCGUCGUGGCCAUCGACAACAAGAUCGAGCAGGCGAUGGACCUGGUCAAGAACCACCUGAUGUACGCCGUUCGCGAGGAGGUGGAGAUCCUCAAGGAGCAGAUCAAGGAGCUGGCGGAGAAGAACAACCAGCUGGAGCGGGAGAACUACCUGCUGAAGAACCUGGCCAGCCCGGAGCAGCUGGAGAAGUUCCAGUCCCGCAUCCCCAGCGACGCGCUGCUGCCGCUGGACAACCAGGGCGUCCAGGCGCCCCCGGAGCAGCACCAGCACCAGCACCACCAGCAGAGCAGCAUCCACAGCGCUGGCUCUGCUGUAUAAGUGGCUCUGCCUUGAGGCGGGCAGAGCCACUGUCUCCUUGUAAUCCUAGACCUCCAUUGGAAUGAAGAAGUGUUGCACAGUCUCCCCCGGCGGGAACCCCUCGGAGCUGCGAGGGGCGACGCAUCGGGGCUGUAAAUGAUCGAUGGGACACAAUCGAACUUGCUGACACUGACGAGCGCAACAAAGAACUUGAGACGCUCCGACCGCUGCGGUGUCGGGACCGCCCUCUGAUACCGUCCAACUCUUUGCCGUAGUCUGUUUUAUUAUUGUAGACAAAAGCGCUGAUAGAGAGAGGACUGACGAGACACUGACGAGCGCUUGCUUUCAGACAGAGGGGGAGGGGCUUCCCCUCGCCCGGCCAAUCCCAGCCAGCGAGCAUCCUCGGCUCCAGAGACGGGGGGGUGAUCGGGCUGGGCCUGCAGGUGCUAGCUCGGCGGGAGGGGACGGACGGGCCUCCGACUCCGCGAGAGGAGCGCCGUCGUGCAGACGUGCACAUUUCAGCCACGCUCCCGCUACCUGCAACGUAUUAGCCGCGCAUCCGUGUACAUUUUGUUCAUGCUAACGAGCGCUACCGACGGGAUGAGCUAACGGCGUAUCCCGCCGUCCCACGCGGGCAGACGGACCGACCAGCGCGCCGGCGCUGGGGCUCGCUCACCUGAGGACGUUGACCCUGCUCCAGCUUCUGUUUCCGUUCGUGACCCUGAACACAAACCUGCUGUCGGCGAAACAGGAGCGUGUACGGUCCAUCCUUUCGCCGCGGCGCCGGCGGCGUGGAGCACGCGGGCGCCCUCGUUUCCAGCUCCGUUUCGAUGCCAACUUGAAAACGAUGGCAUGACAACAGUGCCUGUCCUGUAGUAAGAGAGAGCAACACAUUUCCACACCGAGCUCCGUUUUCCUGUUUCGUAGCUACCAAAGACUUUUUAAGACUUUUUUUUUGUUUUGUUUUCAAAGCAGGACCUCGUGUGAAACCUCACGGGGAGAGCUCUUGUUUCCAGCUCAUGCUAACGUUCCUGUGUGUUUUGUAAAGAUAACGGUGUUGUUGCUGUACAGUAUCCACGAAAAAAAAACUGUCUGUUCAUUCUUGUUUGGAUACGGCUGCACAUUUGCAAUAAACCUUAUGUUUACAUAA